CCAGUUACAAUAAAGUCAUUGGAUAAUCAUGGAAAGCCGCAAGCACAGAAAUCUUCAUGUAUGGUGGCCUCAACUUCAAGAAACCCCAGCAGAGAUUUUAGCCUUAAGAAAAAGGCGUCCUGGCAUAAUGAAAUCUCAAAAUCCCUCCAUCCUGUGACAUCAAAGCUAGAGAGCCACCCCGUUCACAGGGCUGAAAGUACGAAGACUUGCACAGCAUCCAUGCAAAACCGUGCUGCGGGAAAAACCAUCCAUGUUAAUUCUGCCAGGACAACAUCUUUACAUGCUAAGGUUUCCCAUAGCAUACAGACAGCAGCAGCAAGCUGCCCUGUAACAAAAACAUGCUCGCAUUUGCAUAAGCCUGUAGGCAGACCACAGAAUUCCUCUGCCCUGACCAAACCUGCUACCAUACAGCACGGCACUGGCAACACGGCCAAAACAUCACUUAACAACCAUACAACCAGGACAAUCAAUAAACAAUCUGCCAAAGAGCAGGUGGCAAAGUCUUCCCACGGCACGGUGCCUCCCCGGCUCCAGAACACAACUAAUCUUUGGCACAAACAGAAAGCUGAUGCUGUAUCUUCAAGUAUGAAAACGCCAAGCGGCAAGAGAACCAACUCACUGCAUAAAGCCUCGGUGAUGAACGCUGCCGGUAGUUCCACAUCUGUCCAUCUGUCCAACAUGCAAGGAAGCGAUGAAAUGAGCAACCGAUACACAACACCCAAGACUGCUGCAGAAGAUCGCAAGCGACGGUUAGAAGAGUGGCUUCUCACUAAAGGGAAGACCUACAAGCGCCCCCCCAUGACCAUGCCUCCCAAGAAGCCUGACAAAAGCAAGACGCCUGGAAUUCAGAGCAGCUUUCUGUGGGCUGAAAUAGAGGAAGAAGAGGAGCUGCUGCUGCUGUCCCAAAGAAUAAACGCCACCCUUAGUGAGUGCCUGGAGCUCAUCAACAAGGGUGCACCCUCACAGGAUAUCCAUUCUGCCUUAGGCAAGAUCCCCCACGCUAAGAAGUUUGCCAAGUUUUGGGUGUGUAAAGCCAGGCUCAACGAGAGAGAGGGCAUCUUUGAUGUCAUUGACUUAUACGAGCAGGGGGUUAAAUCCGGAGCUCAGCCAAUGAAUGAACUGCGAGAUGCCAUAUUUGAUAUUAUGAAGUCUACAAGCAAAAAAUCUAAAGCAGUCACAUUUGGGCCUCUGCCCAGUAAGGAACGUGUUCCAGUGAAUGAAGCUCUAGAACAUUCUAGAUGUCCGAUCAGUACAAGCGUGAAGAAAAGAAGAGAUGAAGGAACACCGUGCGGCCGCCUAACCACCAGUGAGCAAGGCUCUGCAAUCAAGUUCCAGGUUUCUCGUGUUUCCAGCAUAAAGAAGGAAACCGGCUGCCAGGAAUGGAAACGCCUGACGCCUGUGCGGAGAUCUGUGAGGAUCAGUGAGGCAAUGCCUCGCUACCCAGAGGUUCUGAAGGAGCACGACACGGUGGUGGCCUCCCUCGGGGAACUUCUGGACAUGGCAGAUACGGAUGCUGUCCUGUACACAAGGAACGAGGCUCUGCCUGAUGAGGCUGACGAGGAUCUUCUGGAUAUGAUAAAUCAGGACCGCUCUGAGCUUAAGGAGGAACCUGUGUGAUCUCUUGGCUGGUAACGUGAAGUGCCCUGUGUAUUCUCUAG